AUGGAGCAAUCCCCUCAAGGCACUGCGCAGCAGAGCAGACAACAGCCGCAACCGAUCUAUGAUGUUAGAAAUGGGGGUCAUUAUGGUGCUAGCGCAGCGCUCUCAGCGCAAGGUUAUGCGCCAGUUGCCGAGUUGUACACUGGUACCUGGGCCAAUGUAAACCAAGGCCUUCAAGGAACUGCGCGUGAUAUCCUAACGACCUACUGGCAACAUGUCAUCAAUCACCUGGAAUCAGACAACCACGACUACAAGAUCCACCAGUUGCCAUUGGCCCGCAUCAAGAAGGUGAUGAAGGCGGACCCGGAGGUCAAGAUGAUAUCCGCUGAGGCGCCCAUCUUGUUUGCCAAGGGCUGUGAUAUUUUCAUCACUGAGCUGACUAUGCGCGCCUGGAUCCACGCCGAGGACAACAAACGUCGUACCCUGCAGCGAUCCGACAUUGCCGCCGCUCUGUCUAAAUCGGACAUGUUUGACUUCCUGAUUGAUAUAGUUCCCCGCGAAGAGGCAACCUCCCAUGCUAAGCGGUCGAGUCAGGCUGCUGGUACCGCCCCAGGACCUUCAGCUGCUCCCGGUCAGCUGCCCCCUGCUCCGCAUGGAGUUCAACCGCACCAGCAGCACAUGGGCCCUGCCGAUUACGCCUCCCUUGGCCAGCACGGUAUGCCUCAGGAGCAGGAGUACCGCCCGCAACCUGCCAUGUACCCCGGAGCCGUCCAAUCAGACCCAUCUGCGGCAUAUGGUCAACCUCAAUCCCAAAUGUUCGAGGGCAUGUAUGCCUACCCGCAUCUCCCUCCCCAGCAGUGA